AUGAAUACAGCAGUACCGAACACGGCUCUUCUGGACAAAGCCGUUUUUCGACGUUAUUUAGAACUGCCUCAGCCAGAAAAUAAAAUUAUGGCAACCUAUAUCUGGAUUGAUGGUACUGGUGAAAAUCUUCGAGCGAAAACUCGAACAGUUGAUCAAGAACCAAGAUCACCAAACGAACUCUCCUGGUGGAACUUCGAUGGAUCAUCGACUGGACAAGCCGAUGGAUCAAACUCCGAUAUCUAUCUCAAACCAGUCGCCAUCUACAAAGAUCCAUUCAUGCUUGGUCGAAACAAACUAGUUAUGUGUGAAACCUAUAAAUACAAUAAAGAACCAACUGCCACCAACAAACGAUUGAGCUGCGAAGAAGCCAUGAACGCAGCACAUAGUGAACAUCCAUGGUUCGGUCUCGAACAAGAAUAUACACUACUCGAUCGUGAUGGAUGGCCAUUUGGAUGGCCGAAAGGUGGAUUUCCUCAUCCACAAGGUCCAUACUACUGUGGGGUUGGCGCAUGUCAAGCUCUUGGCCGUGAUAUAGUUGAAGCACACUACAAGGCUUGUUUAUAUGCUGGAAUUAAUGUAAGCGGAACCAAUGCUGAAUCGAUGCCAUCACAAUGGGAAUACCAAGUGGGUCCGUGUGAAGGAAUUGAAGCUGGUGAUCAGUUAUGGGUUUCGCGAUAUCUAUUACUUCGUAUUGCCGAAGAAUUCGGUGUACAAGUUAGUUUUGAUCCCAAGCCAAUUGUAGGCGACUGGAAUGGUGCUGGAUGCCAUUGCAAUUUCUCCACACAAGUUAUGCGUGAACCAAACGGUAUUGUAGCAAUCAAUCAUGCAAUUAAAGUACUUCAAACACAACACACGGCACAUAUCCAACGGUAUGGUCGAAACAAUGAACGUCGAUUAACUGGUCGACAUGAAACAGCGAAUAUCAACAUAUGCACUACGGGUAUUGCUAAUCGAUAUGUAUCAGUACGAGUUCCUCGCCAAGUUGCAGAGGACAAAUGUGGUUAUUUGGAAGAUCGUCGUCCAGCAUCGAAUUGUGAUCCAUACGAUGUCACAGAUGCUCUCGUGCGUACGUUAUGUCUUUCCCACAAAGAAGUUCCUGCGAAUGUAGAUGAUCUGAAAGAAGUCGUUCCAAAUCGCGAAACCGUGGAAUGA